GCGUCACCGGUGGACCCUGGAUGGAUUAAUUUUCUCCCUUUCACCGGCUCUUCUUCUCCAACCGACCGGAGCAUCCCUCCCCCACUGCUGCUCUUGACUUCUCGCUCAGCUUCCAGCUACGUAUGUUCUCGUUCCGUUCUCCCCCAUUUCCACGUAAUUCCCAUUCCUCGCCGCCAUUAAAACCACUCCUCUGCCUCUCUCUCUCUCUCUCUCUCUCUCUCUCUCUCGCGCACACACCCGCCCACCCACCUCUCCUCUUCCCUUCUAUUGUCCCCAUGGAUCCGAGCUCCGCCGAUGUCGUCGCCCACGACUUCCCCCCCUUCUUCAAGGUGUACAAGGACGGCCGUGUCGAACGGUACAAGAUGUUCAACAACGAUGGCCCUUCCCCCGCCGGCGAUGAUCCGGCCACUGGGGUCCGUUCCAAGGAUAUCGUUAUUUUACCGGACACCGGCGUUUCCGCCCGCAUCUGGCUCCCCAGGAUCGACGACUGCCGCGGCCGGAAGCUGCCGGUCCUAGUCCACUACCACGGCGGCGGCUUCUGCGCUGGCUCGCCCUUCGACCCCAUCGGCCAGAGGUUCUUCACCACGAUGGUCCCUAAGGCCAAUGUCAUUGCAAUCGACGUCGAUUACAGGCUGGGCCCGGAGAACCCCCUUCCCACAGCUCACGAGGACUCCUCUGAGGCCUUGAAGUGGCUCGCGUCGCACUCGGGCGGGCACGGGCCUGAGCCGUGGAUCAACGAACACGCGGACCUCAACCGGGUCUUCCUGAUAGGAGAGAGUGCCGGGGCCAACAUCGCUCACUACGUAGCAGUGCGAGCCGGGUCCACUGGGCUGACCGGGCUGAAGAUCGUCGGGUCGAUCAUAGCCCACCCAUUCUUCGGGGGCAAGGAGCCCGACAAGAUGAUCAUGUUCAUGUACCCGGGCAGCCCGGGCACGGAUGAGGACCCGCUCCUCAACCCGGCGGUGGACCCGGACCUGCCCAAGAUGGCGGGUGAGAGGGUGCUCGUUUGCGUGGCGGAGAACGACUGGCUGAUGCCCCGUGGGGUGAAGUACUACGAGACGCUCCGGGACGGCCCGUGGAAGGGGGAGGUGGAGCUGGACGAGGCUAAGGGAGAAGACCACUGCUUCCACAUGUUCAAGCGGAAUGAGAGAGCCGAACAGCUGCUCCAGCGGAUGGCCGACUUCAUCAACCGGGAAUAGCUAUUCCAUUCGGGCGGUGUGUUUCCGUUCACUUCUUAAUAUCUGUUUCAGAUGGGUGGCGCUUUUUAAUUCUACCGACAGGCAACUCGUCAUAGGAUGAUAAUUAUACAAAAAAAAAAAAAGUAUGUUUGAACGUCGCUUUAGUUACUAGUAUGUUCUAGUGGAAACGGAAUAAUUGCAUUUACAUUAAGUGGUGUCUGUACGCGAUCGCCUAAUAAGUCCGAGAUAAUAUCGGGAAAAGAA